CCGCCCUGGCCUCCCGGGCUGCCCUGGUGCCGCUCUCCCCGUCAAACGCUCUGUCAAGUCCUCUCGCCGUCAGGCGGCGCCCUGGGACUUGUGCCUCGUCGCCUGCGCCCUCUGGGCCCUCGGUCUCUCCCGGCGUCACAGACGCGCCGGGCCUGGUUUAUCCCGUUCUCUUGGCUCUCACACUGACACCUCAUCCCCAUGUCUCCCCACUGAAUCCACCCUGUUUGUGACGAGAUUCUCAAGGCCACAUUUCUCCAAAAUGCCCGGGUUGUCCCCCCUGAGGAGAAGGAGAUCUUCUGUGGGACGCCUCCUGCCUCCGUUUUCUUUUCAGCAGGGCGGAUGGGGAGCAUCACUGGCUGACAAGCUGGUCAGAAAAUGUGAUGUCCUGAAUCGUGGAUUUUCAGGUUAUAAUACUAGAUGGGCUAAAAUUAUUCUUCCAAGAUUAAUCAGGAAAGGUAACAGUUUGGACAGCCCUGUAGCAGUUACAAUUUUCUUUGGUUCCAAUGACAGUGCUUUAAAAGAUGAGAAUCCCAAGCAGCACAUUCCACUGGAGGAGUAUGUUGCGAAUUUAAAGAGCAUGGUGCAGUACCUGAAGUCUGUGGACAUCCCUGAGAGUAGAGUUAUUCUCAUCACGCCUCCCCCUCUCUGUGAAACAGCUUGGGAAAAGGAGUGCAUCAUACAAGGUUGCAAAUUAAAUCGCCUGAACUCGGUUGUUGGUGAAUAUGCCAGUGCCUGCUUACAAGUAGCCCAGGACUGUGGGACUGAUGUACUUGACCUGUGGACCCUAAUGCAGAAGGACAGUCAGGAUUUCUCAUCCUAUUUAUCAGAUGGACUACAUUUAUCACCAAAGGGAAAUGAAUUUCUGUUCUCACACCUCUGGCCGUUGUUGGAGAAGACCACCUCUUCCCUGCCUUUGCUUCUUCCUUACUGGCGGGAUGUAGUAGAAGCAAAACCUGAACUCAGUCUUCUGGGAGAUGGGGACCAUUAAGUUAAUCACAGAAAACUCAAGUUUGGUUUGUUAAUUUACAGAAUGUUUCCAAGAAGAUCAAAAAAUAGUUCUCAAGGCUAUUAAACUUUUGCUUAUAAUGCGUUUGCCACCAAUAUUAAUAAAAGUACUAAGAUUUUUCAGGAAACCUUAUACUUGGGUACAUUAUGUUUUGAAAUUAUUAAAUAUUUAUUGAUUGAUGCAGGUACCAUCAGUGCCACUGCUACAAAAAUAUACCCUGAGCAGAUGCUGAAUUCUGUAAAUGGCAAAAAGGUGAAGACAGUUUUGUUUUUUGAAAAGAAUUUUAUAAAAAAUGGGUUUCUUACAUUCUGCUGGAAACUCUUUCACUUUCAUACAUACACCCACACACCCCACUCACCUUAUAUUCCAAAAGUGUAACUAAAACAUAAGAAUAUUGUGAAUAGUUAAAAGAUAGCAAAUACCAAAGGGUACAAGUUCAAGUAUUAGUGUAACAGGUAUCCACGUAACAAACAUCCUUAGGAAAAAGACAUCAUUUGUCACAGGUUUGGUUAGUUGCCCUCAGUUUACAAGUUAAAAUGUGUUGGCUGCUGAACACAUUUCAGUACUUAAUUAAAAAAAAAAGCUUUUAACUAUAAUUUUAUGGAAAUCAAUUCAAUCUGGUCAUUUUUAUCCUUCACACAGUAAAUGCAGACCAUCCAGAAUCCUGAUGCACUAUAAGAAGUUAUGCACAUAUACACUUAUAGGUCAAUAAAACAGGUAUGUAAGGUAUCAAUCAGCAGCUGCAGCAUCCCGACCAGAGCAGCACACCCUAUCCAUCCCAGACCACCCCUGUUCUUUUAGUAAGGAAUACCUCACUCCCACUCAUCCACUACUGUUGGGAAACAGGCAACCAUACUCUGUUCUCUGGAAGUGGCUGGUGAAUUUUUUUAAGAGCAUGGUCACAAUACUAGGGAUGCACAAGGUACUUACAAAACACAGAAAAAACACCUAGCAAAUGGGAGCCCUAAACAGUUGAAAGGAUUCUGGAAUUCCAUUGGUUAAUAUUAUUUGUAACCCUCACUAUAAGCUACAGUUUUAAUUCUAGAAGAUAUUAAGAGAAUUAGAGACAUAUUAACCCAAAUUAUUUCUAAAUUUAGACGUGCAAUUCUCCCUGCUGCUGAAAGCUCUGGGUAAAACUAAGAAUUAGAACCCACUUUUAGGAGAUAAUUUAUAACUAGGUUUUAUCUCACUCCUUUGUCUUUACUUGAAGGCAAAAAAAUAAGUUUAUUCUGUGUUUCCAGUUGUCUUCACAUAUAACUGCUAAAUAACUCAUUAUAUUCAGUGGAUCAUUACAGUGUAUAAAAAAAAAAUCAUCCCCCUAGUCAGUGCUGUUACCAAUAUAAAAGGUUAAUUUACAAAAACGUAAAUAUGCACAACCUAAUUCAGCUGUAUUGUUCUACUUUUGCACCACAGGUUGAAGGAUAUUUUAAAGAUCAAAAAAACUAAAACCUGAAAGGCUGGAAGUAAGCUAGGUUCAUCUUACCUCUUGAAAAGGAAAAAGGCCUAACCACAUGGUAUUAUGUACGUGAAGGAAGUUCAAACACAUGACCAGCAUCUGCUGUUAAGUCACUUCCUUAUUUCUCCCAAAUCUUCACAAAAGAGAUGCAGUGAUUUUAGGUCAAAUCUAUAAAAAUAUUUUGCAUGCUUAGAUCAAAGAGCUUAGAAAGGAAAUGCCUAAACUAGCACUCUGUUUCUUUGCUGUCAACACGAUUCUGACGCUGUAACUUAAAGGAGGAUGCCUUCUCACUUCUUGUGACGGGACGGUCCGUGAGAUCUUCAAAAGACUUUGCUGCAGUGCUGUUUGGGAAAGGGUCCUUCUCAAACACAUCUUCAUCGAUGUGAGAGUCGGUGCUGGGGUCUUCCUGGAUAGUGUCCAUCCUCUGGUGGUCCAGUUUCGGAGGCACAGCAACUGGGGGCAUCACUGGGGCAGGCUGCAGGGGCUGGAGACGGCCAGGAGUCUGGGGCGUAGGAAACGGUUUAAUAAUGCGAACCGAUGCUGAAUCCAUGCUACUCAGCAUCUCAACAUUCUGAAAAGACAUGGGGGUAGUUGAUACCGGAAAAGAUGAAUCGACGUUCACAGUUCCAACCUUACCCACCAAACUGCUUUACCCUGUUCACACUGCGAUCCCUUGUGCUGAGUAAAGCACUGGGCGAGAGCUCACUUAACCCAAGAAGUGACUCAAAAUAGCUCUCAAUUGUCCUGCCAGUUUAAUUGUGCUGUUGGUUUACUGUUUUGAGGACCCAAAAGAGAAUGCUCAAGAAACAAGCCUAUCAAGAUCUCAAGACAGGAAAAGAUCUCAAAAUAUUAACUACUGUCAUAAUGAACAUCUAAAUCGUCCCUUACAGCUGUGAAGGGGAAGGGGAGAACAGCACUUCUCUUUUUAAAUCUCCAUCGUGCUCUUCUCAGUUUACCUAACACACAACCCACAGCCUUCCUGCGGUGACAGGGCCGCCCACUAGCAGAGGAAGGCUCAGGUCUAGGCCGCUCACUUUGCUUAAGAGCGUCUUAAAGUGCAACUGAAAGCGUUUUCUUUCAGGUGUAUACUUACACUGGGGUGAAAGAGAGACAGAGAUUCAUACUGCUUAUCCAAUUUCUUAUCCUAGAAAGAAAAGAACAGGAAGAAAAAGGUUAUUCCUAUAAAUGAAAUUCAGUUAAUAAGCUCCCAUUUCUUACAGGUACUGCUAACAUUAAAAGAAGAACUUAGAACCUGAGUUGUACAAAGUGGUUAGUAGGUUCAACAGAUAGUGAAUUUCUCAAAUUCUGCCACCAGUCUGAAGCGUUUGCAUCAAAAAAAGAAACACAUUUUUUGGCAUUAAGUUCUGAAAUAGACAAAGUUUAAUUGCUAUUUUCCAGAGAUUUCUCUCCCUAUGGGCAGGAACAUAAGGGCGUUUCCUGUUGAGUGGUCAGAGCAGACUACCAGUUCCUGACCCACCAAUUAAAGGGGCAGCUCGUAGGAAGGCUUAAGGUUGGCUAUACUCAGAGUUUCACUCAGCAUGACCUCAUCGCCCCAGCCCGCCACAGCCUUAUAUCAUUCUCAGCCGUUUUCACAGCUUCUGUGGCCCACAACUCCGGUGGGCAGGUAUCUAUUGCAGGAAUUAGGCCUCUAGUUCCUACUUCAUACUCCUCCAGAAGGCUGACACAUGGGGCCACCACUGCCCCAAUCCAGGCCAGUGGCUGAAGAAUAACAGGUGACAAAGGACAAGGCAAGAGACCAGGCCCAAGAUCACAGCCUCAGCUUCGAGUCUGAGUGCCAGGAACAUGACUAUGGCCAGAAGUCAGUCUGCAGGCAAGGAUCAUGCCUCACAGUUCACCUUCCACUGUAAACAAAGGAGUUCCACUCCCAAGAGCAACCUAGCGGAUGGCAGUUUCCUCCAGAGACAGAGCGUCAUCUGUCAAAGCUUCAACACGUCACCUUUAAACAGCCUUAUUCCAGCAGGGGCAGGUGCUCCCUCAAAUGUCCCUGAAGAGAAAUUCUCAGCGAGAUGGCCAUCGUGCUCACCACUCUGAGGACAGAUGCGCGGUGAGAUGGCUACGGGCAAGAUAAUCCAGAGGGAAAAGAAAAGGUAGCAGAAGGCCUGGCAAAAACUUCCUGUCGUUAGAGUUAGCUGGGCUUGAACCUUUCAAGUGCUCAUAUGAGGGGUGCCAUGAAAGCACUUUAGAAUACAAGUCUGGAUGCCUAGGUCUGAUUUCCUCAUCUGUAGAGCAAACAAAUCUCCAUUUUCCCAUAGAAAGAAGGUGAAUGGACUUUUAAGAAAUGUUUUAAAGGGCCUGAAGCUCAUGAAGUACCUGGACUUCCUAUUACUUGCUGGGAACAAGAAUAAAAAAAGAUAGGUCACUAUUAACUCGGAGGAUUUGAGUACUCUACAAUAAUGCCAAGAAUCUAUGGGUAACAUCUUUGGAAUGAUGAUGCUUGACAUCUGCUCUAUUAUAACAAAUUUAGCCUGAAAAUGCUCUUGGUUAGAAGCUUUAGUCAUCAAAGGUCCUAGACAGAAGUCCAGUGAAACAGCCUCCUGUGCUUGUUAGGCAUAUAAACUCCUCAAAGAUUACACGCUAGAAAAAAACACCCAUAAAAAAUGUAGUUCUUUCAAAGGACUAUUAACUGAGUCUUUUAAAAGAUGUUUUCCUAAGGAUAGCACCUAAAAACGUCACUGGAAACAUCAAGGUUAGAUUUUGCUAAGAACAAAUUACAUCUUCUCGAAAGACUAUAUGGUUGGAGUUGCCCAGUUUUAAGAUGUUUCAGUGCUUGAAGACUGUGACUUACCACACAGUGAACCAGAAUGCUGAAAGGGAUCCAAAAUACCAAGGAGAAAACCAGGACUGAACCAACAAUGUUGUCUGCCAAGAACUUCCCUGUGAACAAACACAAACAUCGAAUGUCUUGGUCAGGUACUACAGAAAUCUAAAAUUAAAUGCUCUCAUAAUAUUAUCAUUGUGCUAAAUGGCACAGAGUUGCUGGCUAGAUGACACCACCAACACAGUACUGAGAACAGUGUCUGAGCACCUAUGUUAGACCUGACCAUCUCUCCAAAUCAACCAUUGCUUUAAAGACAUCGCCCUGACAGACUUGUUGAUAAGGCUAGCUUACAAAGCGUUUAACAUAUUCCCUGGAGUAAAUGUGUCAAGAGACUAACAGGGACUACUUAUUACUGGUAGUGACUGCUUAAGACGACAAGGUUUUUGUUAUCUGGGUAUUAUUUUUGUGACUAAAUUCUCAAUUAUGGACUCUAGAGGACAUAAACAACUGCAAAACUCUGAGGAUCAACUUCAAAUGACUCUUAAAACAGGAUUCAGACUUAAAAUCAACUGAAUGCUACGUAUGCUAUCAUGUAUUCGUUUUUUAGUACAGAAGGAAGCCGAUAUUUUGACUAAAGUAUUGAUUUCCCUUGUCUGAAAAUCUGUGCAUCCAAACUACAGAGGGAGAGGCUUAUACUGAGUCCAUUUUAUUCUAGCGGUCAAGGUUAUUUUAUAACAACAGUGGUAAAUAUUUCUGUCUUCUAUUUCAAGAUUAGACCAUAUCACUCUGAAUCCACACUUUCCUAAUGCCAUCACAGCAAUUAGCUCCGUUCUAAGAACAACCUAGGGAAAUCACUUACCAAAAGUAUUGAUGCUAAGCUUGUCAAUGAAACUCCAAAAUCGCUCAAUGACAUCCUGCACUCGUUUCUCACAUUUGCCCUGUGAGAAGAAAACAAACAGCAUUACCCACACACAAUGCAUUUAGAAGCAACAUGGCUUUGUAAACAUAACUGACAUGUAAAAGGCUUCGGAAAAAUCAAAUAUGUAAGGGCCCAUCUUUGACAGUGGGUAAUAAUUUAAAUAGUAUAGGUACCCAAGAAAGCAGGAUAUAGUGUCAUUGGCACUUUCACAAUUAGUCGAUUUUGAUAAAUAAGUUAGAAUUACCAGGAGACAAAACUCAAGAAAAGCUAGUUUAUUAAGAUGGGGCCAUGUCAGCAAGGACUGUAAUGAUAGAACACAAGCACAAAGAGAACAGGAAAAAACAGACUUCCUAAAGAAUCCUUUCUAAACUUUUUUGAAAAAUUCUGGUUCUGCAGCAAAAAAGGAUCUGACUUAGGUGAGUCAAGCAGCUUUGCAGGUCUUUCCAGCUAUUCAGCACCUGUUUCAAAAUCACGACUUGAACCACUUUGCAAUCUUAGUCAAUUUUAUAAUUAUAUGGAUUGAAUUAUGUCCCCCGAAAUAAUGUGUUGUAAAUCCUAACCUCUAAACCUGUGGUUAUAAUCCCAUUUGGGAAUGGGUUGUCUUUAUGUUAAGAGGCAGGAUUGGUAUAGGGUAUAUCUUGAGUCAGUCUCUUGAGAGAGAGAAUAAACAAGUGAGCAGAGGAGAGACAGGAUAAGCUGACAAGACAAGGACCUUCCUCCAGAGCUGACACAGGCAGAAAGCCUUCCCGCAGAGCCAACACCCUGAAUUUGGACUUCUAGUCUCCUAAACUGUGAGAAAAUAAUUUCUGUUUGUCAAAGCCAUCCACUUGUGGUAUUUCUGUUAUAGCAGCACUAGAUAACACAGACAGACCCACUGCCUAAAAACAACUUUUCAAGAUGUACCAGCCAAGGACAGAGUCUCCUGCUAAGGAGAGCUCAUACCCAGUUACCUGAAAGCACUUGGCCUUUUCCUUCUAAAUAAUGCUCAUAUAUACUAAAAUACAAACAUUCUUUUAAACAAAAACAAUGAGAAAGAUAUGGCAGCAUUCGUGUUUUGAUUUCCUCCUAUUUGCAAAACCAAAUGUUUACAAUAUAAAAACAUGCAGUCUGACUUUUACGGAAAAAAAAGUCAGAGGCUGUACCUUAUUAAGUAAAUACUCACGUUCAUGUCACAGAAACCCACUGUACAGGGCUUUCCUUUCCUCAGAAAUAAGUUCUUUUGUUCAGCAUCGACAUAGGGCACGCAGCGGCCAGCGCGGUCCCGGCAGCACACCUUGCAGGAGUUGUCAGUUUCUGCAACAGAGAACACGUGUCGGCAGCUGGAGACCCUCAGAGACAUGGCUCCCUCCUUCCUCUCUUUCUUCUCUGGUCAUGCUCUCAAAGAGGGGAGGCAUCACAUUUGGCUUUUAAUUCAAAAGCUGAUACUGUCCAUAUUUCACCCCUGGGGAUAAUUCCCGAGUUUACACUCCUCAGCGCUCAGUACUAACAAAGUUAAAAACUACUUACACAGAAAAUCUCCUCUCUUUUAUGCAUUAAGAAGCUUCUCUUAAAAGCCAAAUUAUUCUACUUCAGGUUCUUCAUAAUGCUCUUCUAAAAUGUUCCCCUUUUCCUGACAUUUUCACCACACGCUGAUGUAAGUCUUUGGCUUCCCACUGAAGGCUCAGCACUCCCGCGGGAGCCAAUGUCGUCUGUCCAUUGGAAAGCGUGCAGUGCAGGGGCUGAGCACCCACCACGGCGUGAGCACCCACCACAAAGUGAGCAUCCACCACAAAGUGAGCAUUGCGGCCUACGCGUCAAACUGCCCGCACAAGACCAACCUCUGACGGCGUAAGGAAUCCAAGUAACACAACCGCACACCAGAUGAGCCAUCUGGGCACACGUGUGAAUGGCAGACAUGUCAAAAUACUAAACUGGCAGUGUGUGCAGGGUAUGGUAUUUGAUUCGAUAGAAUGUCAGCAUUUAUACUGACUUAGGAAAAAUAAAAAUCAGCUUGAACACAAAAACAAGCAAAGCUACUAGAAAGGAAAAACAAAAUCCUUGCCAUCAUUCACUCUUUUAUCAAAUACUCAUUGGGCAUUUACUGUUGUCAGGCACUGUCCUUCCAGGGCACCCCAAGCCUCUUCCCAUCAUUCAGGAAAUUACUGACACGGCACCUACUGUGGUGUCCUCUUUGUUGACAUGUUACUCCACCAGGAAGGGCCACUUACUCCAUUCUGUAGAUGGUAAGCUCUCAACCCGGUGAUUUAAGCACCUGAGCUCUUUGAUUAUUUUACUUUGCAAAGAGGCAGAACCUUUCACCAACUGGAACGCUGCCUGGCUGAAGUGAAGGGGAAAGCACAGAGUCUAACCAGUCCCUAACCAACCCCUGAGGUACUUCUUCAGACCCUAAACCAAACCAAAAACCAAACCCACUGCUGUUGAGUCAAUCCCAAUUCAUAGCAACCCUAGAGCUCCAAAAAUAGAGUGAAAACCUAAAGAAAACUUAGAGGCCAGCAUGAUGCCACCAUUACAAGAGGCUCCCGCCUCAGGCUGCUCUGACAGGGAUCAGAGGGGAAAGGCCCGUUCCUGCUGACAAGGGCGAUAACCCUUCAUAUGGUGCCGGGGCCAGAUGCUGGAAUUAGCUGUGGGGCUGAAGUCUUGAAGGAGCAUCCUUGUUCACUGCCAAUGGCAAACAGGCAGCUACUGCUGCUUUCACAGUAUGUUUGUGAUGCAAGGAGAGAGGCGACAGACCCCCACCCAUGACAAAAUUCCCUCCUACCCCACCCCCAUGCCUGCCACACAGAGAGCCUGAAAAUGCAGCAAGAAAAAGACCCACACUGGGUUUCACUGUGACAACAGAGGAGCCAGGAUCUGAACCCAGGUAUCUCUCCAGACACUGGCCGGCCUCCACACUACCCUUGUCCCUGGCUUGGUUCUCACUGCCCUGGCCAGCAGUGAGUGGCCGACCAAGCCAGGCUUCCAAAUGGAGGGGUGGGCCCAAGAGACAAAUGCCAUCUUCUCCCCUGCAGGGACCCAGCAUGAAAAUGCGCUCACCGUUACACGCACAGGACUCCAGCUUCUGCUCCCGCUCACAGAAGGGAAUACACUUUCCAUCUUUACACUUGCCGAGAUCCAAGCAAACUGUGUCAUCGUCCGCAUUUCCAGGAGGGGGGCACUCACUGCUAUUACC